AUCGACAUGGGCCAGUAUUCUUGCACCGUGUCUGCCUGGAGAGCCGACAGCCAGGGUGAUAUGGUGAAGAUCACGGAGCACAAGAGCUCGCCUGUGAAUGUUCGAUGGGAUACCAAAAGUCCGUCUCUGUACGUCGUGGCCAAACGGGUCCGUGAAGCCUCGGUGGGAGGGGCUACCUUCGAUAUGAGCUGCACCGUCACCACUGAGAACCUCGGGGAGGCCGGCUACUCGGUGCUCAUCCAAUCGCAGGAGAGCCUGGAGAGCAACGUGAGAACUAUCAUGACUCUCAGCCCCGAUAAUGUGGUGCAGCACGGAGGAGCCACAGACCCCAACAGGAGGGACAGUUUAGUUCUGACGAAGUCCGGCCCGGCAGAGUUUCGCUUUCGCCUCGCUGGUGUCCAGCUGUCAGACCGAGGUUUCUACUGGUGCGACAUCACGGCGUGGACGAAACAGCAGCCGGGACAAACUUGGACCAGAGCCACGAGUGCCGAGUCGAACAAAGUCAGGAUCGACUUCCAAGAAAAUG